AUGGUUACUGUCGAUAAGGAUGACGCGGAGCAGCAAAAACGUAACAUCACUGCUGGCGACUCUGCCACGGAGAUCAUACCGGAAGCUCAAGUUGCAACUAUUACAGAACGCGAAUUAGACAUCAGCACCGCACUUAGGCUCUAUCCUAAAGCAGCUGCGUGGUCUUUCUUUUUCUCCCUCGGUGUUAUCAUGACUGGCUAUGACCCCCAGAUCAUAGGGAAUCUAUAUGGUGUCCCCAGGUUCCAGCAGGAUUUUGGCUAUCUCUUCAAGGGGAAGUGGAUAAUUUCUGCUGCGUGGCAGUCAGGGCUCAGCAUGGGAAGUCCUAUCGGCCAAGUUGUAGGCGCCUUAGCCGCUACAUAUCCGAUGGAAUGGUUUGGUCGAAAGAAAACUUUUGCAGCAUGCGUUGUCUUGACUGCUGGCUGUGUCUUCAUCCAAUUCUUCGCACGGUCGUUGAAAGUCCUGAUCGUUGGCGAACUUCUUGGAGGCUUGAUAUUAGGAUCAUACGCAGUUAUCGCCCCCGCCUACGCUUCGGAAGUAUGCCCCGUUGCCCUGCGUGGUGUUCUGACGGCAUAUGUGAAUCUCUGUUUUGUUAUCGGCCAGUUCAUCGCCAACGGGGUCUCCGCUGCGACUCACGGGCUAGAUAGCCACUGGGCUUAUAGUUCGCCCUUUGCGACCCAGUGGUUCUGGCCAGCCGUGAUCCUUGCCGGGGUAUUCUCUGCCCCUGAGAGUCCGUGGUGGCUCGUAAGGAAGGGAAGACUGCAAGACGCCGAAAAUUCACUUCGGAGGCUCGCGUCAUCGAGUGUUGAUGUCAAACCAACCCUGUCAAUGAUUAUCGAAACCGAUCGUCUUGAGCAGCAGAUGGAAGCAGGGACUUCUUUCCGUGAUUGUUUCAAGAAAACCAACCUUCGUCGUACCCAAAUCGCUAUCGGCGUAUAUUCCAUUCAAGUUUUCAGCGGCAUUUAUCUCAUUGGAUAUUCCAACUACUUUUUCACACAGGCUGGUCUUCCUCCUGACGAUGCAUUCAAUAUGGGCGUCGGUUUUCUCGGGGUGGGAUUUCUGGGAUGCAUUUUAUCCUGGGUUCUCCUCGCAUACUUCGGCCGCCGAGUGAUCUACAGUAGUGGCCUAGCUGGGCUUGCGGUUAUUCUAUUAAUCAUCGGCAUCCUGGACUGUGUGCCUAACUAUACGGAACGUCCUGCGGUCAUCUGGGCUCAGGCAUCCAUGAUGCUGGUAUGGAAUUUCACGUACGACCUCUCUGUUGGACCGGUAUGUUUCGUCAUUCUUUGUGAAUGUUCCGCAACCAAACUUCGCAGCAAGACUAUUGCCAUUUCAACAGCUAUACAAGCUAUCUUCGGCAUAGUCAUGACUGUCGUGAUUCCUUAUAUGAUAAAUCCGGAUGCAGGGAAUAUAAGAGGGAAACUAGGGUUCUUUUUUGGCGGCCUUGCUUCUAUUUGUUUUGUAUGGACCUAUUUUAAUGUCCCGGAAACUAAAGGACGAACAUAUGAAGAGCUCGACAUUAUGUUUGAAAGAAGAGUACCUACCAGGGAGUUUAAAAGGUACAGGAUUCUCUAG